UCAAAAGAUUGUACUGUGAAGAGUCUAACCUUACGGCGUGGAAGUACCAUUGCUGACUAUACUCUCAUUAUUUCUUCUGGGGAUGUAAAACAAGUUGAUUUAGCAAAAGAUGAAAUGUUAAAUCAACUGGCAACAAAGUAUCCUGUGGACUUUGUCAGCGUUAAACAAUUAACUACAUCAGUUGAUCCCAACACAAUAAUUGCUGGGGUUCUAGUCACCCUGACAUGUGGACCUCCUCCGACUAAUCUGGGUUCAGACCUGACGGUGGAGUGGACACGUUCUGGAACUCUCCUGGCCACAGACAAACCCAGCCAAGAUGCAAUAUCAAAAUACACAAUCCCAAAGUUUUUGAAAAUUCAUGACGGAACAUAUGUGUGUCAAAUGAAGCGGAAAGAUGGUGCCAUUUUCACACAGAGCCUCUCCUUAACAUCCAAAGCAGCACCACAGAUUACCGUGAACCCAGUCAAAGGAACGGUGCAAUGUGGUGCUUCUGUGUCAGUGCAGUGUUCUGUUAACACUGGCUACCAGGUUGAAUUUAAAGGCCUGACUCUUCCAACUCCCGGUUUGGAAAUCAAGUAUGAUUACAAAGCCCCAGAUGGAUGUACCCAACAGGAAGAGACGAUAACCUGCCAAGUGACAACAAACCCACAGGAUUAUAAAAUAAUAACUCUGGAUUUAAUCAAAGAUGUUUUUUGUGAACCUGACGAUGUAUUCAGUGCCGGAUCGGAAGGUUUUGAGGCUGUUGCAUCCUGUGAAAAGGGAAAGGUGGGAAACAAAACUGCAGUUUGUAAGGCAGAUGGCAAAUAUGGAGAUAUUAAAGACAACUGUGUUCUAGAAGUCAUACAGAAUCUGCUCAAUGAGUCUGAGGCAUUGGAUGCAGUUACUCUGCCAGUAUUCUUGAAAGACCUCAAAGAUGCAACUAUCACCAACUCUAAGACCAUAACUGAUUCUCCAGCCACCAUCAGCGCCAUGGUGAAAAUCUUUGCAAAUAUUGGCAGGAGGGCCAAUUCUUUACAAAUCACAUUAUCUAAGGACUCUACACAGAAUAUCCUGGAAAGUGCAGGCAUUCUUACCACUGAUGCUGCAAAAAAUUCAUGGAAUGAACUGAACAAUGACAACAGAAGUGAAAGCUCAGAAAACAAAAAUGCCAGCUCUUCAUUUUUGAGCGCCUUUGAAGGGAUAGCAACCCAUGUUGUCAACGAACCUUUGAACAUAGAUACGCAGUAUAUUAUUUUCACCAAAAUUAAUUUCACAAACAAUUUCCAGGAUGACUUUAAUUCGUCCGUGGAAAUAGACAUACCAGAAGCUGAGGGAAGCAGGCAGUCAGUCGCAGUAAUGUUAUUUGCUUCCAUGGACAACGUCCUUCCUGCAAGGCAAAACGUGAACACAUCAUUCAGCGUCAUCAAUGGAAGGGUGGUGCUUAUUCGGCCAGAAUCAGACAUUAACAACAUAUCAAUAGUAUUUAAUGUUCUGAAUGACACCCUGGGAAAGCCUAAGUGUGUUUUCUGGGAUUUCCAUCUGCUUGAUGGUCUUGGAGGAUGGAGCGAUGAAGGCUGCUCCUUUGUACAGAAUGGAAACGGAACAGUCAGGUGCAGCUGCAACCACACCACGUCCUUCUCCAUUCUGAUGUCACCUGACAGCCCACAGGAUCCUGUGUUGGACUUUAUAACCUACAUUGGAAUUGGCAUAUCCAUGGGCUCCCUGGUUGUAUGUCUCAUCAUUGAAGGCAUCGCAUGGAGAAAAAUAAAAAAACAUUCAACGUCGUACUUGCGUCACGUCUCCAUCGUCAACAUUGCCGUGUCUCUCCUGAUUGCAGACAUUUGGUUCAUUAUUGGAGCGGCCAUUUCAAACACAAACAGUGCGCCGGCCUGCACAGCCGCGACCUUCUUCAUCCACUUUUUCUACCUGGCUCUGUUCUUCUGGAUGUUAGCCUCGGCUCUGCUGUUGCUCUACCGGACUCUCAGUGUCUUUGACGGAGGUCUGUCUAAGCUAACCAUGCUGAUCAUUGGAUUCUCUUUGGGAUAUGGAGCGCCACUGAUCAUUGCAACUAUAACUAUAGCUUCGACUGCUCCCUCAAAUGAGUACAUCAGACAAAACGUCGUCUGUUGGCUCAACUGGGACCAGUCCAAAGCUCUGCUGGCCUUCGUGAUCCCUGCUCUCUUGAUAGUGGUGAUAAACUUAAUCAUCCUGAUUGUGGUGCUGUACAAAAUACUGAGCAGAAGAGGUGGAGCAAAUGCAGCCCAAACAGAGGAGAAGAACAUUCUAUAUGUGAUUGCCAGGAGUUUAGCUGUGCUCACGCCGUUGUUCGGACUGACUUGGGGUUUGGGAGUCGGAGUCUUGAUCAGCCCAAAAAACAGAGGAAUGCACAUUACAUUUGCAUUGUUCAAUUCAGUCCAGGGUUUCUUCAUUCUGGUGUUUGGAACACUGUUGGACAAAACGGUGCGGUCAGCGAUGACCAUAUCUCAGGGAUAUUCCUCGCAAAGCAGGACAAGAAGCACCAGCAGAGGAACUCUGUCCAGUGGAGUGAGCAACUUCUUAAACAAGCUGAAAAAACCAAGACGUUCUACCCGGGGCUACCACACGUCUUCUAAUGCAUCCAACACUUAAUCCAAUGCAAAGUCAAGCAAAUCAUUAUUGUUUUUUGUACAGAAAUGUGCUCUUAUCAAGUUUGAUUUGGUUUUUAAUGGAUUGUGAACAAAUCAAGGAAACUGAACCCACUGCUUUUAGCAGCUGCUACUUGUAAUAAUACAUCUUUCUUCACAUGGCAUGUGCAUGUCUUUUCAAAAUGUAUAAUAAUCUGUUUGUAAACAUUUUUCAUCCCAACCUUUGAUCAAAAGAUUUCCUUAAUUUUUUAUGGUCUGGGAUUUAUUUGGUGGAUUUAUUAUGUUAAACAUUGAGAAGCUUAUAUCAGAUUAUUUUAAAUAAACAUAUAACAUACAAAGUAGAUGCAGAAAAGUAAAAUUUUUGCAAAGCAGGUUAUCCAAAUCACUUUAGUCCAAUAAUGAUUCUAAUGUUGAUGUAAUAUAACACUUCUAAUAUGAAUGAGAAGUAAUGAAUUUCAUUUUGUAAGUAGCUGUUGACGCUUCCGUUUUGUAUAAAGUGCGUGUGUGUGUGUGUGCGUGGGUGUGUGUGUGUGUGUGUACUGGGAUGAAGAGUGUAGAAAUCUCUAGUGACAGGAUGGUGUGUGUUAUACUUUUAUAACAGAACUGUACAUUUUAUUUAUUAAUGUUUUCCCAAACCUAAAGAUUCAAAAAUGUCAUUGUAAUACUU